AUGAUCAACAAAGCCCCUAUACGUAUUGGAAAUGUUUCCGGUGCAACGGGCGACAUGCCCAACGCCAUGGCUAGAAUGGUUGCUGAAGAAAAUGUAGACGUGAUUACAGGCGACUGGCUCUCUGAAAUGAACAUUGCUUGGAAUGCGAUAACCAAGAAAGAGAGUCCAGAUCUUGGAUAUGAACAUGGGUUCUAUGAACAAGUCGAAGAGUGUAUCGACGACAUCAUAGCGAAAGGUAUCAAAGUCGUUACCAACGCCGGAGCCUUGAACACGCAAUCUUUAACCCGGAAAGUACGAGAACUCCUCAAAGCAAAAGGACACGACCAUAUAAUCGUGGCUGCUGUGCUUGGCGACGACAUUUCAGACCUGUUGAAGGAUCCAGAUCGGCGAGAAGUCUUGCAUUUCUCUCACUUGGAUCACACCGAGCGGUCUUUGGAUGACUGGGAGCUAGAACCGUUCUCCGGAAAUGCGUAUAUCGGCUGUCGAGGCAUUGUUGAAGCACUGAAAUCAGGCGCCAGCAUUGUGAUAUGUGGGCGCUGCACGGAUGCUUCUCCUGUCAUGGGGGCUGCAGCUUGGCAUUUCGGCUGGAAUAUGGAAGAGCAAUAUGAUGAGCUUGCAGGAGCAUUGCUUGCAGGGCAUUUGAUCGAGUGUGGCGCCUAUAUCGUCGGGGCCAAUUUCUCUGGCUUCAAAGACUUUCUGGAUGACUUGGUCGAUCUGGCCUUUCCAAUUGCCGAAAUAGAUGCUCAGGGCCGAUGUGUCAUCACCAAAGCUUCGGCAGGAGGCGGCCAUGUUACAGUCGAAACAGUCAAAGCGCAGACGUUGUAUGAGCUGCAAGGUCACCUCUACCUAAACCCUGAUGUCGUGGCGGAUCUCUCUAUGAUUCAGAUUGAGGGUGAAGAAGGACUCCCGAAUCGAGUUCGAGUGACGGGAAUAGUCGGCCUUCCACCUCCACCAACCACUAAAGUGAUGUUCGCAGCGCCAGGAGGAUAUCAAGCCGAAGCGACUUUCUUCAUCAACGGACUUGACGUCGAUGCAAAGGCGCGGAUGAUGAAGAACCAGCUCGAACACAUCUUCCGAAAGAAUAAAUUUACCAAGCUGAGUAUUGAGCUGUAUGGAUCCGAAGUUAAAAAUCCGGAUAGCCAGCAGGAAGGGACUGUCCAGUUGCGAAUUUUCGCGCAAGCCCGAGAAAAAGGGGAUAUUGUUGCCCGCAACUUCAAAACUCCAAUAUAUGCUCUGAGAAUGCAGAGUUACCCAGGCUACCACAUGAACCUUGACUUCAGGACAAUGGAUCCAAAGGCAUUUAUGGAAAUAUUUCCGGCGAUUGUUCCACUCUCUGUGAUCCAGCAUCAGGUUGACUUAGGAGAGGGAAAGAUAAUCGACAUCCCAGGCCCAAGUAAGACAGCAGAGUACCCAACUCUUAGGCCUUCUUACGAGACUAAAGACCCGGUUGAUCUGGCCUCGCUCGGAGCAAUGGUGCAGGCACCACUUGGCAGCGUUGUUCAUGCAAGAUCGGGUGACAAAGCGGAUAACACAAACGUCGGCUUCUUUGUUCGACACCAAGACGAAUAUCCAUGGCUUAAGACCAUCCUAACCGUGGAGAAGAUCAAGCUGCUGUUUGGUCAAGACUGGUUCAAAUGCAACCCGUCCCGAAGAGUUGAGCGGGUGGAAUUUCCGAACAUCCUUGCAGUUCAUUUUCGAGUUCUCGACAAUCUUUCCGGUGGUAUUGCAUCUUCUGAUCGCAUUGAUGGACUUGGCAAGGGUAUCGGCGAAUAUUUAAGGAGUAAACAUGUAGACAUCCCGGUUGCAUUUUUAGAACGUGGUCGCAUAUAG